AAUCGGGGAUGUAUUUAUAAAAGCGAUAAACAAUAACAUCUCGGAUUCGUGUAGUCUCUUACACGGGAAUAAGAUGUACUGUACUUUCGUUAAUGCACUUUUUGCAGUUUUCUAGACAUAAGUAGGAAAAGGUAAUUAGAUUUAACGGUGUUGUGCGGUGUUUUCUUUCACGCUGAGACGAAAAUGACGUCAAUUUUAACGAGGAGUUAUAACCGGAUAUUUUAAAGUUUUUGUAAUAGAAACUAAAGAAAAAUGGAAGAAUUAACAAGUAAACAAUUGCUGAUAUUGAAAGAGUUUAGAAAUGCAGUAGCAGACGUUCUUUUACCCAAACACGACGAUAACUUUCUGGUAAGAUGGUUGAUAGCAAGAAAAUUUAACAUCGAAGAUGCGGAAUCGAUGCUGAGAAAGAGCCUGUUAUGGAGAAAGCAGUUCAAUUUGGAUAAUAUCAUAAAUUAUACCCCUCCAGAGAUUUUUUCGUAUUAUUGGAAAUUCAAUACUUCAUCUCACGAUAAAGAUGGAAAUCCCGUGCUUUUUAUUCGAUACGGUUGCUAUGAUAUGAGAGGUAUGUUUCAAGCCGCAAAAAUAAGUGAGAUAAAAAAAUUUUUUGCCAAAUCGAUGGAAAUCAUAAUUAGAGAUUGCGAAGAACAAACUAAAAAGUUAGGACGAUACGUCGGAAAACUUUUUGUUUUGAUCGAUAUGGAUCAAUUCUCUCUUCACCAGUUUCUUUAUAAACCCGCGUUUGAUGUGCUAUCUCAAAGUUUAGUAAUGAUGGACAACAAUUAUCCGGAAUUACUAAGAAAAGUAAUGAUAAUAAACGCUCCUGCUCCAUUUUCUAUGGCAUAUAAUCUUAUAAAACCUUUUCUGCACGAAAGAACAAUACAAAAAAUCCAAAUUUUUGGUAGAAGUGGUUGGCAACAGAUGCUGUUUACUUUUAUAUCUCCUAAUGAAGUUCCGGCAAUCUGGGGAGGAAAGAAAGUGGAUCCGGAUGGUGAUCCCGCUUGUCCUUCUAUGGUUAGUCCCGGUGGUCCCGUUCCGAAAUCUUUUUAUUUGUCUUCCAAUAAAGUUUUUAUGGACGAAAAUGCCGAAACAUUGAUUGUAUCACAGAAAUCUCAUAUUAGUGUGGAAGUGCCGGUGACGAAGAACGAUUCCAUAUUAUCUUGGGAAUUUCAGACCGAAAAACACGACAUAGGUUUUGCCGUAUCCUUUAAAAAUUCCGAUAAUAAUAAUUGCAAAUUAGAAGAAAUAAUCCCACUGGAAAGAGUAGAAAGUAGUUUGAUACCCGAACAAGGAGAGUUGAUUUGUAUCAAAACGGGAACGUAUAUAUUAAAAUUCGAUAACUCGCACAGUAUGUUCCGAUCGAAGAGGGUUAAGUACAAGUACGAAGUGAAGUCUUCUACAAAGUAAUUUGUAAAACAAAUAUGUAAACGUCGAAUUAAUGUAGUAAUGAGAUCAAUUUAUGAAGUUUUUAACAGAUAAUUUUCUGCCUAUUUUAAACACUUUUCUUUUGUUUUGUAAAUAACGCAUUAUUGGUAUAUUCACGGGUGAGGAAUAUUUAUAAAAUAUCCCAGAUUUUAAAUAUCGUUUAAGAAUACGAAAAUGGAUUUAUUAAAAUAUUCGUGGGAUUUAAAUCGUGUUAUUUGUUUAUUAUUAAUAUAAAUAUUUAAAACUAUUAAGUAUUAUAA